ACUAGCUUAAGGCAAGCGCGCUCAAGCACCAACCAUUCAGUUCACAGUCAACACUUGAAGCGUACGGAAGUAGAAUCGGCCAAGUUCGUGAACGCACGCGCGCCACUAAUCGAAGUACAUAAAGUCGGUCAGUUCACCGAAAACCGAAGCCAUCACGUUGAAAGACGACCAGCGGACCGCGUUGGACUCCUUCGUAGACAGUCUGAAACCGGUAGUGAACGAGAUGCACGUCCAUCCGAGUUCGCCGAAUUCAUCCCAAUCGGAGGACGACGCCGCGACCAAGAUCCAGGCCGGAUUCCGCGGCUAUCGGGUGCGGAAGCAGAUGCGCCAGGGUCGCUCAGGAUCCUCUCAGGGUUCGUCGACGGGAGUUGGAUCAUCUUCCGGGGGAUCGCAGACUCAGCGAUCGCCACGGGUAUCCAAGAAGGGCACGCUGGAAGACAAGUCGGCAGCCAAGAUCCAAGCAGGCGUCCGGGGAUUCCUGGUGCGUAAACGGCAGAAGGUUGCCGCCGACGCCGCCACCAAAAUCCAAGCCAGCUUUCGUGGGUUCAAGACCCGAAAAGAUCUGAAGUCAACGACCAAGAAGGACAAGUGAGGGCGUUGUCGUCCUGCCUGCCGGAAUCCGUGUGGGUUUGCGCGAAGCCUGUGUGUAAAUUUUAGACCUUAACGUCGCCAAGAGUUUUAUAUAGAGUUUUUCUGUAGACUUAGUCGUGUGCGAGAUACAAGUAGUGAGGCCAAAUUAUCUGUAGUGCGCGAUUUCAUUGGGGAAGCUGGACACGCGCGGCGGCAGACAGCACCAUUUUUGGUCGAAGCAGGCUGAAAUGCCGUUCUGCCGAAAACAGACGAGAAUCAUCGCGUGUGGGGAUCCAGUCGCUGUCAGUGCCUACUGCGAGCAGCAGGGAAAAAAAGGUGCGCAGUGUUUUGGUCGUCGCCUGCUAUGAUGCAAGUGAAAGUAACCCGAUCGCUUUGGAAACGAUAGCCAGCCAGAAGAAAAGAGAAGAUAUUUUUAUGUUAUGUUUAAGAAACGCAGUGCUUCCACUUGUAUGUGAUCUGGAAGGGGGGAGGGGGUGGCUCCUCACGCUAACCAGUGCCUUUAAAGUAGCGCGCUCCCAUAUCGGGGGCAAAUUUUCCGAUUGAAAUCAUUUCGACCAACCAAUAUGGACCGCAUCCGAUUAGUGCCGCAUGAAAAACGUGUUUUUAAUUUGUUUUCUAAUGUGUGUCUAUCUCGAAAUUGCCAGUGUACAUUUCAUUAUGUCUGCUCCAUUUGAAUGUUAGACAAACAAACGCCCAACUUCUAGUCUAUAAUUAGUAUUGCCCUCUUCAAUGUCUCGGCCGGUGGAAAGAUGCGUGAAGGGCGUAAGAAGCAUAUGCUACGGUAGCUACACGGGAAAAAAUUCUGUGGUAAAAAUAACUAUUUUAGCUGACUACGCCCAUUC